GGACGUGGGAAGACUGUCUGCCGAGGGGCGCUGUGGCGCGGUUUCGUCCGCUGGCUCGCCCUCUCAGGCCUGGCGGAGGCGGAAGCGUCCUUCCGUUCGUGCUUCCUUCGCCGCCUCCCUCUUCCCGUCGUCAGUCUGCUUCGGGUCGGGGAGCUCACGCAAGCGGCCGAGGAGAAGUCUCGGAGAGGCGAGACCCGCCGGGCUGAGGUAUCCUGCCGCCUUUUAAAUUAGUAUGAGUCUACAUAGUAACACAAGUUUUGAAAUCAAUGAUCAAGAGACUGACUGCUGUGCAGCCAUGGCCAGUGCUUGCAGUGCUGGGACCAAGGAGGAAAGCUUCACUGCCCCCAUCAGCAAUGGUACUGGUGGGACACUUUCAAACUCUUUCAUGGAGGAAACCCAAGGCUAUGAUGUGGAGUUUGACCCACCACUGGAAAGUAAAUAUGAGUGCCCUAUCUGUUUAAUGGCUCUACGGGAAGCAGUACAGACGCCGUGUGGACAUCGUUUUUGCAAAGCUUGCAUUGUCAAAUCCAUAAGAGAUGCAGGUCAUAAAUGUCCAAUAGACAAUGAAAUCUUACUAGAAAAUCAACUCUUCCCUGAUAAUUUUGCAAAACGUGAAAUCCUCUCAUUGACAGUGAAAUGUCCCAACAAGGGCUGCAGUCAAAAGUUGGAGCUAAGGCACUUAGAGGACCACCAGAUACACUGUGGAUUUGCAUCAGAAAAAUGUUCUCUGUGUCAAGAGAUUUUCCAGAAGAACCAGUUGCAAGAACAUAUUAGGCUAGAAUGUCCACGACGGCAAAUUGCCUGUCCAAAUUGUGCCAUGUGUAUGCCUUACGAAGAAAAAAAGGUUCAUGACGAAAUAUGCCUUUUGGCAAAUGUCUUCUGUCAAUAUUGUAAUACAAUGCUAAUCAGAGAACAGCUGCCUAACCAUUAUGAUAAUGACUGCCCUACUGCUCCAGUACCAUGUACCUAUAGUGCAUUUGGAUGUCUAGAAAAGAUGCAGAGAAAUGCUUUAGCAUGCCACAUGCAGGAAUUUACUCAGGUUCAUAUGAGAAUGAUGGCUCACACUCUUCGUAGUGUCAGCGUUACUACUCCAACUUCCAUGAAUUUUUCUGGAACUUUACCCUUUGACCCAUCACUCUUCUCUCAAGGCAUGCCACCCUCGUGUGAGUGUAGCCCAGAGGUCCAGAACUUCAAGGAGACUAUUCAGCAACUGGAAGGUCGUUUGGUAAGACAAGAUCACCAAAUUAGAGAACUCAUUGCAAAAAUGGAGACACAACAGAACCAGAUGGGAGAUCUCAAACGCACCAUCCGAACGCUAGAGGAAAAAAUUGCUGACAUUGAAUCCCAACAAUGUAGUGGUAUUUUCCUGUGGAAAAUUGAAAAUUUCAGUGCAUAUCUGAAAGCUCAGGAGGAAGAAAGACCUGUUGUGAUCCAUAGUCCAGGUUUCUACACAGGGAAACCAGGAUAUAAACUUUGCUUGCGUCUGCAUAUCCAGUUACCAAGCGCUCAGCGUUGUGCUAACUACAUUUCUCUUUUUGUUCACACCAUGCAAGGCGACUAUGACAGUCAUCUCCCUUGGCCUUUCCAAGGCACCAUACGUCUAUCAAUUUUGGAUCAGUCUGAAGGAUCUCCAAGGCAUAACCACGAAGAAGUAAUGGAUACCAAGCCUGAGUUGCUAGCCUUCCAACGCCCUAUGGCCCCUCGUAAUCCAAAGGGCUUUGGAUAUGUCACUUUUAUGCAGUUGCAAGCCCUAAAACAAAGAACAUACAUAAAAGAUGAUAUUCUCUUGGUACGCUGUGAAGUUUUAACACGUCUGGACUUAACCAGUCUCCGAAGAGAGGGUUUUCAGCCUCGUAGUACAGAUGGAACAUAAUAGCCUGUUGUCCAAUUUUGAUUGUUAUGUUAUUAUGAAAACCAAGCUUGGUUUAAAUUAUUUGGCUCCCUAAAGGGGAGCAAAUGAUGUUCCUAUUUCAAAAAGAAAAAAGUCGUGAUCUUAACUUCAGAGCAAACUUCUGAUUCUUCCUCCUUAGGACUAGAAAGGCAACAAUAAUAAAUAUGCAUUUUAUGCCUUUUUUACUAUAUGAAAAAAUCUUUCACUUGUGGCAGAUGCUUUUCUAUCUUAUUAUAUGAAGAAUCUGCAGAACUGUAAAUGAAGGGUGAGAUUCAUAAAAAUCACAGAUCUUUGAAGCAGAAGUUAGACUGCCACUCUUGGGAAAUAGUAUGCUUUUUAGGAAAGGGAAAUCAUUCUUCUUUCGUAAGAAGAAAAUAUAUAUCUAGUGCACUCUGUUCUUCUUUUUGAUGAGCUGGAUAACUGACUAUUAAUCAAUAGCUGACACGUGUGUUAAAAAUUUGAUUAAAACAAAGUGUCUUAUUGUACAGUGAGGAAUUGGCCAAAUUCUAUUGUUAUUUGACAUUAGAAGAUUGACAGAUGCAGCUAUAAACUUUGGAUCUCAGAGGUUAAAUUGUGAAAUAUGUCUAUAUAGAGGCAAAUAUAUAGUGGGAUAUCUCAUGGUUCUGUCUCGGGCCGAGAAUACUUCAACAUUUUUAUAAAUUACUUAGAGAAAAGGAUGCAAGAGAAACUUAACAAGUUUGCAAAUGGCACAAAGCUAGGAGGAGACACCUCCAAAGACAUGCUCAAGGUCUGAAAUGAUUCCUGCCCUGGGGAAGGGGGGGGGGUUAGAUUAUAAAAACUCCAAGCUACCUUCCAAUGUAUUCCAUAGAAUUCCUAAGAUUCUAUGAAUUGACUAUAUAAGCUAAUAAAUUAGGGCUAAAUUGUGAGAUAUUAUGGGUAGUUUGUGACUUAAAGCCUAUCCUCAAAAUUGCGACAAUUGUACCACUCCUUCGGUCACUUGAUUGCAAUUCACCUGCUUGGCACCUGUUUCAUAUUUAAAUUGGUUGCAAUGUCUUGUAGUGGCACAACCUUCCUAGCUGGCUCCUGAUGGGCAAAGUCAAUUGAAGAAGCUGGGUUCAUUUUAAUGACCAUGUGGUUCACGUAAACAACUUGAUCCACUUAAUAGCAGUAAAAAUGGCUGUAAAAUCAGGUCUGGCAUGUGAUGACUUGCUUAACAAUUGCAUCAUUUAGUAGUUGGGACCUGAAGUUCUGAAUCCCAGUUGUGGUAAUGUGUAGAGGAUUACCUGUGUGACAAUAUGCAUAAUUGCUUAAUGCUCUUUAUCAUUAAAGCAAGAAAGUCAAUACUCAUAUCUUGGUAGAUUUGGAAUGACGACUUCUUUCUUGCAUUCCCUUCCCAGAGAAUUUAGCGUUAAUCCAUUCUCAGCUACUGUUUAACAUAGUGAUAAAUUAUGUUUGAUGUAUCUAAAAGCUCACUGCAGAAGCUUAAUGAGGCAUCAACCUGAUUGCCUCAGGACAUCUUUGCCCUGAUGACUGGUGAAAACUUGAGGUAUCCUUGACUGAUGUUUCCGUGUGUCACUAUGUCAUUUGCACUACUUAUUCCUUAUUCCUAUCUCUUGCCCUGUGGCGUUUUUGUUUUGCACUUGUGAUGAUAAGUUUUAACUGUGACACUGCUACAAAUGUUAGACAUGUUUCAUUUUUAACCUGGAAGCACUGUUGCAAACUGUUAGCCUUAAAGGGAAUUCCCCUUCUUUUAAAGGUGAUUUGGUAUAGGCUUAGGCUUACAUUCUGCAGUGUUUUGCUGACAUAUUCAGCCUAGGUGUUACAAUUCUCAAGAAUGUGAUUUUUACCCAGCUUCAGAUUGGCUGAUCUGAGCAAAGCUGUAACAUUUUAUUUUUGCGCACAACAAUCUUAUGUAGAAAUGUAUUACUUUGUUGCAAAAAACUUACUAUUAGUGCAAAUUGUAAACCUCUGGUCAAAAUUCAUUGGUGCCAAUAGGAUAAUUUUGGUGAAAGCGCUCUUGAUAACGCUUGUGUGACAUGAGAGCAAAAAUGUGGAGUCCCGACCAAAGUUAAUUAAAGGAUGAAAGUGUGGCUCUGAUGUGUGAAAGAAAAAUAAUCAAAGCAGCUGUAUCUUUACUUUGAAAAAAGAAAUACUGAUAUAAAUAGUACUGGUGACAAUAGUUAACCAAACCAGAUCUGCACUACUACUCCAUAAGAACAUAUGACAGUAAACCUGUAGCUCUAUGAUAGCGUAAUCUUUCUUUAGUGUGGUUCUUACCUUCCAAAACAAAUAAAAGCUACACAGCAAUGAAGCAAUCACAGAAAAGCUCUCAAAUUUUGAAUUGAUCUGUCAACUUUGAAGGCAUCUGUCAGAACACUGCCUAUGAAAAGACAUGAAUGGAAGCAAAGCUUAUUUGAACCAAACAUUUCCCAGCAUUUGGGAGUGAAAUAAAGUAUUAUGGGAGUGUAACACUUAAAGUUACCUAUUCUACAUUUUUAUAGAAGAGAAGCUUAUCUGAGAAGCAAAAAGUGACUUUACUUUUUCUAAACUCCCACUCCAUGCAGGCAUUGAAAAUGUGCAUUAUUUCAAACAAUUGCUUGUCUAUUCAGAAUACAAAUCUUUAUAAAUACUCAUUUGUACCAUAUAAUUUUCUGUUCUCAUGCUUUUUUAAUGAAAAAGAACAGUGUAGAUUAUUCUUUAUUUAAACUUGGUCUAAUUAUAGGAUGUCAUUUUUGAUGAAAUAGUAACUCUUAGUGUGAUAUAUUUCAUUUACUUAUCCAAAAGCAAAUGUCACUCAUUGAAACUUAUUUCUAACUAUCUUCUAGUAAGCUAAGAAAAAGAAUGCUGGCAUCUUUAGAUAUUUUUAUAUAGAGAAGUAUUAUGUAUUACAUUGUAUCAAUUUACUGCAUGUUUACAAUGCUAUUUUGACAGAAAAAAUUCCAAUUUUGCAGGGCACGUGGAUAUGAAUAGUAAUUUAUUGUAAUAAGCAUUAACCUUUAAAGAAUAGUAUUCCAUUUAGUUAAUAAAUUAGUAGAUUGUAUAUUCUCUUUUUGUCAAUUGCUAUUUCAGAUUGUUAUAAGUCCUUCUCCGAUAAAAUAAAGAUAGGAACUAAUUAUCAUAUAUGGGCUUAUUUCAGCUUCAGGUAAUCUUAUGGACAACUAUUAAGUCCACCUGAGUACACGUUCAGAUAAUGAAAUACAGGAUUGCAGUCUCACCUUUUAUUUAAAAAUUGUUGAAUACAUGACAAGUUCGCUAUCUAAAGUAUUGGUACUUUUUGUCUAUUAUUUAAACUAAUUUUAUUUUCCAUCACUAGCAAUAUUUUAACUUCUGUUUUAUCCUGCUUUUUUAUUCAAAAUAUUUUGAGCCCUAAUUUUUGAAUUCAUUGCUACUAAACAUCAAUAAGGUCUAAUCCAUCUCUUAAGAUAUCCCUUUAUUUGUAAUUACUUGGUUUUUAGCUUCCUUAUUACCAGCUCCCCGUCCCUUUUCAUUGUAUAUAUUGUGCUUAUCUGUGCAGUAUGCUACUGUUUUUAUUCAAUGUUUUAUAUUCUGCCAUAUAAUUAGGAGAAAAAAUUGGAAGCUGGAUGCACUUUUUUAAUCUAACAAAUUUCAUUAAAAGGCAUAAGCUUUCAUAAACUAUAGGUCACUAGUUCAUAUGUAUGGAGUGGAGAAGCAAGUAACUCACAGGCUUCUAGCUGUCUUAAAUUCCAGUUCCCAUCAGCCCUGGCCAAUAACAGUAGUAAUAUUUUUUAAAUAAAAGAUUGGAAAAUGGUUUUCUGUUUCAUUGAAAUGUCAGGUUUUGUCAUAUAUGUUGAACCAGGCACCCAAUGCAAACAUAAAAGUGAACUACAAGGGGGGGGGGGAAACUAUUUGAAUUAAAAUGCAGGGUUUCUGCCUUAAAUGAACUAAUGCUGUGACAUUAUCCAGUAAAUUAAAAUGCUAGUAACAAUGGCACACUAAAAUAUUACAUACUAUCAAUGUUGCCAAUGCCUCAAUAUUUAACAAAAAUACAUUGUGUAAUAAAUGCAUUAAUGUAACACCCAAGUACAAGUCACAGAAAACUGUUUUUGUAACAUUCAUAGGCAAAAUAUCAGAAGUAACAAAACAUGGACAACUUCAAGGAAGUCUUCUGGAUCACCGUUUUAUGUAAUGUCCCCAGUCAGCAGACUAUUUUUAAAAAUGUAUAAUGUUUUGCUUUAUCUUUUCAUAUAACUGUUCCAUAAAAAUCUGUGAAUUAUAUAUACAAAAACUGUCAAUGUGUUUGUUACAGUUUGGCUGUCAAUAACAGAUGGAACAAAGUUUUCAAAAAUGUGGUUGGAUGGGUAAAAGACAUUAACUUUAGCAAUUAGUUUGUCAUUUGCAUAGCAGCUCAACUUGAUUUCUUUAAUGCACAUGUGCUCAUGAUUUUCCUCUUCCUGUUUUGAACACAAGAGGAAGUCCUGGAGAAAUUGGGGCAUUUCUUGCUUGCUUAUAAUAAAGCACAUUUGAGUCUGCUGAGUAAAACAAAAUAGCAAAAACUGUUUUAUGCUGUUGAGUGGAAUGUGCAGUGUUUCGAUGCUGCAUUAUAGGGAUGAGCAUAAAUUUCCAGUGGACUGCAACCCUUCCCCAAUUGUAGUUCAUUUGGCUGCCAUUAAUAGGAAUUGUGAAUUCAGCAGUAGUUUAUUAACAGGAGAACCAUCUGCUGUGGUGUUUCUAAAUGCUUAACUGUCACCUGUAUGGUUACAAAACUUUUUCAGGCCUAGUGGCUACUGAAAAUAUUGCUUGCCUUGCACAUCAGUAUCUCUGUUUGAGAAAAUGAACAAUUUGUAACUGCUCAGAAAUGUUGGGUUUUCCAAAAUAAAAAAUCAUGAU